AUGGCUGAGCAAUUUGGCACAGAACUUGAUGGCGUACAGUCGUUAAGAAAUGAGCUUGGUGAGAUAGGGAGGAGUGUCAGGUCAUCAUUUCGGAUUCGCACCUUGAGCUUGCGGAGCACUUCAGGGCGGAGUUCUUCGAAGGCCGGUAGAAAUGGUGAACACGACCUCCAGUGGGCUGCCAUUGAGAGGUUACCGACCUUUGAGAGGCUGAGAAAGUCAGUCUUCGAAAAGGAAGAUGAGGGAGUUGAGAGAAUGGUGGUUGAUGUCACUAAACUCGGGCCCGGGGAACGGCACCUUUUCAUAGAGAAGCUCAUCAAGCACACUGAGCAGGACAACCUUAGACUGCUUCGGAAAAUACGCGAGAGAACAGACAGGGUCGAUCUUAAACUGCCUAAGAUUGAGGUGAGAUAUAGGAAUCUCUGUGUAGAAUCAGAUUGUCAGAUUGUCCAUGGAAAGCCGCUCCCGACUCUCUGGAAUUCCCUGAAUGACACUCUUUGUGGCUUUACAAAGUUUCCGUUUUCAAGGUGGAAUAGAACCAAGAUAAGCAUCGUCGAGGGUGCUAGCGGAAUGAUAAAACCAGGGAGGAUGACACUAUUACUUGGGCCCCCGGGAUGUGGGAAAACCACCUUCCUGAAGGCACUCGCAGGGAAUCUACACAAACAUCUCGAGUUGACGGGGGAUGUUUCGUACAAUGGCUACAAGUUAGAUGAGUUCGUCACCCAAAAGACUCCUGCUUACAUAAGCCAAUAUGACUUGCACAUUCCUCAGAUGACUGUAAGGGAGACAUUGGACUUCUCGGCCCGGUGCCAAGGUGUUGGAAGUCGAGAAGAGAUUAUGAUGGAGGUCAGUAGAAGGGAAAAGGAGGCAGGAAUCGUUCCUGAUCCCGAUGUAGAUACCUACAUGAAGGGUGUGACUAUAAAAGGACUGAAGAGAACUCUCCAAACAGACUACAUCUUGAAAAUUCUUGGGCUUGAUAUCUGUGCGGAUACACUUGUGGGAGAUGCACUGAGGAGGGGCAUCUCCGGUGGCCAGAAGAAAAGAUUGACUACAGGGGAGAUAAUUGUCGGUCCAAAUAGAGCUCUCUUCAUGGACGAGAUAACAAAUGGCUUAGACAGCUCCACUGCAUUUCAAGUGGUCGUUUGUCUGCAGCAACUCGCCCAUAUAACAGAUGCUACCAUACUCAUCUCCCUUCUCCAGCCCGCUCCAGAAACUUUCAACCUCUUUGAUGAUGUGGUCUUAAUGGCAGAAGGCAAAAUAAUUUAUCAUGGUUCUCGGGAUCACGUCAUCAAGUUUUUCGAGGAUUGCGGGUUUAAGUGUCCUGAAAGAAAAGGAGUAGCUGAUUUCCUUUGGGAGGUCAUCUCUAGGAAGGACCAGGCGCAGUAUUGGAACGACCCGGAAGUCCCAUACAGUUACAUAUCAGUUAGCCUUUUCGCGAAAAAAUUCAAGGAGUCGUCCUUUGGGAUGAGGCUUGAGGAGGAGCUCUCGAGCCUGUUUGAUAAAUCUCAGUGCCAUAAGAAUGCCCUUUCUUUCAGCCGGUCACCCUCACUUAGCAAAUGGCAACUUUUGAGGGCUUGCAUGUCGAGGGAGCUUCUCCUAAUGAGAAGGAACUCGUUCCUCUACGUCUUUAAAACUUGUCAGUUUGUAAUUGCUGCAUCGGUCAUGAUGACCGUGUUCCUUCGGACCCGAAUGACCAUAGAUUUCUAUCAUGCAAACUACUACAUGGGAGCACUCUACUACACCCUUGUGAGUCAGCUUGUUGACGGACUUCCGGAACUGUCCAUGACCGUUUCUCGCCUCACGGUGUUUUACGAGCAGAAAGAACUCCGCUUUUACCCUGCCUGGGCUUACGCCAUACCUGCCUCCAUUCUAAAGAUUCCUGUUUCCUUGCUUCAAUCUUUGGUUUGGACUUCCCUCACUUAUUAUGUGGUCGGGUACACUCCUGAGGUUGGGAGGUUCUUCCGGCAAUUCAUUCUAAUAUUUGCCAUGCACUUGUCAUCGGUCUCCAUGUUCCGUUUUCUGGCCUCAGCCUUCCAGACCAUUGCUUCUUCUUCAGCAGCUGGAACGAUUGUGAUACUGUUCACCUGCUUGUUCAGCGGCUUUGUUAUUGCAAAACCAUUUGUGCCUGUGUGGCUCAGGUGGGCUUUCUGGGUCUCUCCGGUAACCUAUGGGCAGAUAGGACUCUCUGUUAACGAAUUUCUUGCUCCGAGGUGGCAAAAGAUGCUCCCGACAAACAAUACAAUAGGGCAACAGAUCCUCCAAAGUAGAGGUCUUGACUUUGGCGGAUAUGCUUUCUGGGUAUCAGUUUGUGCCUUGUUCGGAUUUACGUUACUUUUCAAUGUGGGAUUCACCUUGGCCUUGAGUUUCUUGAAGCCUCCCAGCAAAUCUCGUGCUAUCAUUUCACACGCAAAUACAUGCAAAGACGAGGAGCUGCGAAGGAUUCCAGUGAUACUGACACGUUGUAUUACAGGCAGGAUGGUUCUAUCUUUCGUGCCUCUAACUCUCGUGCUUGAUAAUGUGCAAUACUACGUAGACACUCAAAGACUCCGAUUAUUAUCUGAUAUAACUGGUGCAUUUAGGCCCGGGAUCCUUACGGCAUUGAUGGGAGCCAGUGGAGCUGGGAAAACAACACUUUUGGAUGUUCUCUCCGGAAGAAAGACAACAGGAUACAUCGAAGGAGAAAUAAAAGUUGGCGGUUACCCCAAGGUUCAAGAGACAUUCGCUAGAAUCUCAGGUUAUUGUGAGCAAACUGAUAUACAUUCCCCACAAAUUACAGUGAAGGAAUCAAUCAUUUUUUCCGCUUGGAUGCGUUUACACCCUCAGAUCGACUCAAAAAGCAAAACAGAUUUGGUAAAUGAAGUCCUGGAGAUCACAGAGCUCUAUGAGAUCGAAGACGCAUUGGUGGGUAUUCCAGGUGUCAGUGGCCUCUCUAUGGGGCAGCGGAAACGCCUAACUAUUGCAGUGGAGCUCGUGGCGAACCCUUCCAUUAUUUUCAUGAAUGAGCCCACAACAGGAUUGGAUGCAAGAGCUGCUGCAAUCAUCAUGUGUGCAGUGAAGAAUGUGGCUGACACUGGAAGAACAAUCGCAUGCACCAUCCACCAACCCAGCAUUGACAUCUUCGAGUCAUUCGAUGAGUUAAUUUUAUUGAAAACUGGCGGCCAGAUGAUUUAUUCCGGGCCGUUGGGAAAGCAUUCAAGUAAGGUCAUAGAAUACUUUGAGAGCAUUCCCGGGGUGCCGAAGAUAAGAAAUAACUACAAUCCGGCUACAUGGAUGUUAGAGAUUACUUCUGCAUCUGCUGAAGCUGAACUCGGAGUUGACUUUGCUCAGAUAUACAAGGAUUCACCCUUACACAAAAUCAACAAGGAGGUUGUGAAACAGCUGAGCACUCCACCUCCAGGUUCCACCGACCUGCAUUUCCCGACUCAGUUUUCGCAGAGCUGGUGGGGCCAGUUCAAGUGUUGCCUCUGGAAGCAGCACUGGUCCUACUGGAGAAGCCCUUCCUACAACUUGAGGCGGCUUCUGCAGACUCUAGCGAUGUCCGUGCUUUUUGGUAUUGUCUUCUGGGACCAAGGCCAGAAAUUAGAAAAUCAGCAGAACUUAUUCAAUGUAUUCGGCUCAUUGUACCUAGCAAUGAUUUUUAUAGGCAUAAAUAAUUGCUCACCGGUCUUACCUUAUAUUUCCACAGAGCGAACGGUCAUGUACCGUGAACAGUUUGCAGGAAUGUACUGCCCUUGGGCUUAUUCACUUGCACAAGUGAUCGUCGAGGUUCCUUACAUGUUGGCUCAAACCCUUCUAUUCGUGGUCGUCACAUAUCCAAUGAUAGGGUAUUACGUGUCCGCUGACAAGAUUUUCUGGUACUUCUAUGGAAUGCUCUGUGUGCAGCUGUACUAUAAUUACCUGGGGAUGCUUCUCGUAUCACUAACUCCGAGCGUCAUGUUAGCUGAAAUUCUCUCUGCUGCCUUGUACACGAACUUCAAUCUAUUUGCUGGGUUUUUGAUUCCUAAACCGAGAAUCCCGAAAUGGUGGAUUUGGAUCUACUAUUUGUGCCCCACAUCUUGGUCACUCAAUGCAAUGUUUACUGCACAAUAUGGGGACAUAGACAAGGAAAUUACUGUGUUUGGAGAGACCAAAACAGUGGCUACCUUCCUAAGAGAUUAUUUCGGGUUCCAUCAUGAUCGGCUGUACGUCACGGCAAUAGUUAUGACAGCGUUCCCCUUCAUUUUGGCUUCUCUUUUCACCUUCUUCAUAGGACGGUUGAACUUCCAGAGAAGGUGA